ACACCCCCACCAUCGUCUUCUACUUUCACCGUUGCGCACGAUGUCCACAAAGACAAUAUCCGUUCUCGACGAGUCUGAGCUGAAGGACGGCCAGAUGAAGGAGGUUGAUUUUGAAGGCGGAAAAGUCCUCCUCUCUCGCCUCGGAGACAAGAUCCAUGCAACUAGCGCUUUCUGUACUCACUAUGGUGCACCGCUUGCGAAGGGCGUGUUGACCGCAGACGGCAGAGUCGUUUGUCCCUGGCAUGGAGCUUGCUUCAAGGUCACCAAUGGUGACAUCGAGGAUGCUCCCGCCCCGAAUGCAAUUCACUCUUUCCAAGCUCACGUAGCUGAUGGGAAAGUCCACGUCACAGCAGAUCCGAUGAAAGCCUCCAAGGAGAACAUGUCUCGUUCCCCACGCCUCCUCGCCACAGGUGCAGAGGUCGGCGGCCCAGGUGUCGUCAUCGUAGGAGGAGGUUCAGCCGCAUUCCAUACCAUCGAGAGCUUGAGAGAGCACGGCUAUAAAAGUCCCAUAACCGUUCUAUCACGCGAGGCUUAUGCACCAAUCGACCGAACCAAGCUGAGCAAAGCUCUCAUUACCGACCCCUCCAAACUCGAGCUACGUAGUGCGGCUGAUCUAAAGAUCAAAUACGGUACCACUCUCCGCACAGGCGUCACCGUCACCUCAAUAGAUAUCAAGGCGAAGAAGGUCAUUCUAGACAGCGGCAAGGACGCGGUUUCGUACGACAAGCUCGUGCUCGCCAGUGGUGGUCUACCUAAGAAACUCCCUGUUGAGGGUUCCGAUCUAGAGAACGUGUAUGUUCUCAGAGGCGUUCAACAAGCUCAAGCAAUCGAUGAAGCUUGCCAGGAAGGCAAGAAUCUCGUCGUCAUAGGCAGCUCGUUCAUCAGUAUGGAGCUCGUGGUCGCCGUCUCAAAGCGCAAACUCAAGUCUAUCCACGUUAUCGGCAUGGAAGAAUACCCCUUCGAAGCCGUCCUCGGCAAAGAAGUCGGUGCCGGACUCAAAAAGUUUCACGAGUCACAAGGGGUUACCUUUCACCCCAAAGCCUCCAUCAAGGCCAUUCACAAAUCUUCUUCAGAACCGAAGAAGGCCUCUUCCGUCGAACUCGAGUCCGGCGAGAAACUCGAUGCGGACGCCGUCAUCAUGGGCGUAGGCGUCCGACCAUCGACAGAUUAUCUCAAGGAGAGUGGAUUCAAGCUCGAGAAGGAUGCCAGCAUCAAGGUGGACGAAUAUUUGAAGGUCAUCGGCCAUGACGACAUCUUUGCCGUGGGCGAUAUUGCUACCUAUCCUGAGUUUGGAGAGUAUAAGAGAAUAGAGCACUGGAACGUCGCAGGAAACCAUGGACGAGCUGUCGGUAAGACGCUCGCAGGCGAUCCUCAACCUUUCGUCAAAGUCCCAAUUUUCUGGAGUGCUCAGGGGCAACAGCUUCGAUACUGUGGCACCGGCGCAGGUCACGACGACAUCAUCAUCAAAGGCGACCCAGGCGAGAUGAAGUUCAUCUCAUACUACGUGAAGAAAGGCAAGGUCGUCGCCGUCGCCAGCAUGCAAAAUGACCCCGUUGUUUCGAAAUGCUCCGAGCUCAUCCGUCUCGGCUUGAUGCCUUCCGCGGAGGAGAUUCGUGCCGGCAAGGAUGUGCUGAGCAUAGAUACAUCCACUACGAAUGCGUUGUCGGCCGUGAAGACUUGAGCGGCCUCCGGGACUGAGAGGCUUCAUACCAGUGUAUGUUGGCGUACGUUGGGUAUCAGACGGAUGUACUUCUAUGUGUUUUCUAGCAAUGGACUCUCUUGUACAAUAUAUAAGUCACGCACAUCGUCCAGCGUCAUGCCAG